GGGUCCUCCAGGAAUGUGGAUGGGAACCACUGAUGAACAUGGAAGUGCCCAGGAGGGAGACCCUCUCCAUGUAAAAUAAAACACAUUUUUCUAGAGGACUCACAGACGCAGGAAUGCGCUCUUGUGCGAAAGGAAAUACAAAAAAGGCUAACAGACGCCACGUCACUGAGACAAAGCGGCCAAUCAGAGCGCAGGAUUUGUCACUCGUAUCCAGGAAGUGGAAGAUGCGCUGAACGCGCGCUCGUCUUCAGUCUGUCAGCGUAAAUUCUUCAUGAUCAAUCACUUAUAACCUCGCACAGAAGUGAUGGACUGGUCAGAAGGAGACGGAGGCCACUCCCACGGUCACAUGGGGGGCAGUUGCCAUGGACACGGCGGAGGCCACGCCCACAGUCACGGUCAUGGAGGACCUGGAUUUAGUGGUUUUGUGCCCGGUGGCUUCCACGGCCAGCUGGUCCCGGGACCUCUCGAUCCCACACAGCAGCCGAGGAAGGUCUCUCACCCGGAGGACAGCAGCUCCUGGGAUAUCGUCAAAGCGACACAAUUUGGUGCUCUUGAGAGGUGUAAAGAACUCAUCGAGGCUGGUUAUGAUGUCAGGCAGCCUGACAAAGAGAAUGUUACUCCGCUCCAUUGGGCCGCCAUCAAUAAUCGCGCAGAUAUCGUCAAAUACUACAUAUCUAAAGGAGCCGUCAUAGACCAGCUAGGCGGUGACCUGAAUUCAACACCACUCCACUGGGCCAUACGACAGGGUCAUUUGUCGAUGGUCAUUCAGCUGAUGCGAUAUGGAGCCGAUCCAUCAUUAGCAGAUGGUGAAGGGUAUCGGGGUCUCCAUCUGGCUGUGCUCUUCCAGCAUAUGCCCAUCGCUGCGUACCUUAUGGCCAAAGGACAGGAAGUGGAUUCGCCAGACAUAAAUGGACAAACUCCACUAAUGUUGGCAGCACAAAAAAUCAUUGGACCUGAGCCCACAAACUUCCUGAUAAAGUGCAACGCUUCAGUGAAUGCGGUUGAUAAAGUGAACAGAAACUCACCUCUGCACUGCGCGGUGUUGGCUGGAAACGUUGAUUCGGUCCACAUCCUGCUGGAAGCUGGAGCCAGCAUUGACCUGGAGAAUGCCAAUGGUCACACACCCCUUGACCUGGCACACCAGGUGCACAGCCCUCUGCUCAUUCACAUGCUCAGUGUGGUGAAGACAGAGCGCAUGAAAGCCAACUCUACGUGUCUCAAACUGCUCAACAGAUACAAGGUCUGUCUGCUGUGUGUGUUCAGUCUUGUUGUGGUCGGAGCCAUCGGUUCCGUACUAGACAUGAAGACGGAGUCCUGGUUACUGAAGGGUGUGCUGCUGGCCUGCAUCAUAGCUGUGAUCAACCUCACUUCAAGGCAGUUUGCAACUGUGGCGGUCCGGUCUUUGAUUCCCGCCACAGGUCUCAUGGCUUCGAUCUUCUGGAUGGUGGUCACCUGGGGCUUGUGGUUUCUGCCUGAUGACCCGAGCGCUACGGUUCAGAUGCUCUUCACUAUCAACAUCACAGCCUUACUGUAUUACUACCUCCGCUCCUGCAGGACAGACCCUGGCAUCGUCAAGGCAACCGAGGAGGAGAAGAAGAAGAAUAUUGUGGUUCUGGCAGAGGCAGGCUGUCUGGAUCCCAGGAUAUUUUGUACUUCAUGUAUGAUGAGGAAGCCAAUGAGAGCAAAUCACUGCUUUUCCUGUAACGCUUGUGUCGCUAAACAAGACCACCACUCCAUUUGGAUCAAUGGCUGCAUAGGGGCCAGAAAUCACCCGUACUUUGUGCUUUUCCUGGUUGCUCUGAACUUCCUCUGCAUAUGGAUGUUCUACGGCAGUAUCACGUACUGGUCCAAACACUGUCCACCGCACUACACAGAGGAGGGCGUCUGGGGGGUGGUGACCACUCUGACAGGCUGCUCUCCCUGGGUGCUCUACAUCUUCUGCUUUGCUUUCUUAAAUGCUUCCUGGGCCUCCAUCCUGCUUUUGGUGCAGCUCUACCAGAUCACGUUUCUCGGGCUGACGACGGCCGAGAGAGCGAACCUGAUGCACAGACAGAGAAAACUCCCUCAAGCCUUCUCUCUCAGACAAAACCCGUUCAAUCUUGGUGUGGUGAGGAACCUGGUGAACUUCUUCCAGUGGCGCUGCUGUGGUCUCUGUAAGCCAGUGGUGCUGGACUGGACUCAGCAGUAUCCCAUGGGUCUCAGCAGAGACCACCCCAUGUUCAGCGGCCCCGAUGCUGUUUGACCCCCAGCGAUCAGUCACCCACUCAGGGAGAGCGACGUCCUCAUUUCUGGAGCCAUUGGUUUGAUUUUAAUGCCUUUUUGAUGUUGGAAAUGAAGAACAGACUGAAUGCUAAUUUGGAUAAUCAUUUGUUCUAUUUGAAAGAACAUGCGCCUUUUGUAUUUGAGGGAAAUAUAGUAUAUGUGAUGUGCGUUCAAGGUUAGAUUUUGCCUUACAGUUUAAGUUGUACAUAAGGAUGAAUACAUGUUUAUAAGCACACUGAUAUAUUUUGAACAGAAAUAUUUUGUAAGGUACGGUAAGAUCACGUUUUGGUUUUUACUCCAAGUCCUUUUACAGGAAGUGACCACUAUAUGUAUGCUCAAUGUGAAAAGAUUUGUAAAUCAGAGCAAUUUUAUUUCUGCAAAUUUAGAGAAAUUUUGAGAAUCGUACUUCCCUCGUUGAGUCAAAACGCAUUUGAAAUGACUUCAAAACGCUACGAUCAGAUGCAUUACAACCACAACAUUUAUAGCAUUAUACGUGCAAGACGAAUCAUAUCAUUUAAUAUAUUUUAUUAGCUAUUAGUAUCAUAUAAGUAUCAUUUCAGUGGCAGUUGAUCUUUUUUUUAUACCUUUUAAUAACCACUGUGUAGUACAGGGCCGUGCCUGAUAGCAUAAGCUCGCUCUUUACUGCGGUUCUCAAUUCUGUUCAUUAUACUUUAUUACGCAGUAUGUCAUAAUAUGGGAAAAAUGCUGUUCUUGAAUCCUGCUCUGUGCUUUGGAAUAAAUCAGACCACUUUUGCAA